AGCAAGCUUGCUGCCAGGUCCACAGUGAUCUCAUCGGUCCCUGUACGGCCAUCCCAUUGCUGCUGUCUCCAUCGCCACACUCUGCCAUGUGCCACUUUCAGGUCUCCUCACACACUGCUGGUGUGUUACAUUUUUUGUCAUAGGGUGGCUGGCAGAUUACGGGCCUUUACCCAUUGCUGCUGCCAGGCCCCUAAUCUGCCAUGGGCCCCGUGUACCGCCUCCUCAUGCUGCUGCCAGGUCCAGAGUCUGUCUCAUCGGGUCCCUGUACCGGCCUCCCAUUGCUGCUGUCUACCAUCGCCACACUCUGCCAUGUGCCACUUUCAGGUCUCCUCACACACUGCUGGUGUGUGUUACAUUUUUUGU